UCUCCUUGGGAGAGGACAGAGCGAGGUCGCGCUCUGGGUUCACGAUGGCUGGCUGGAGGCAGCUUCAAGUCCAGCUGCUGCUGCUGAUGCUGAUGGACGUGAGCGGACGGCCUCACCCAUCACAAAUCGAGCGAAACCUUGUCGUUUUUAUCUGCACGGUGUCGAGAAAUCCGGAGGAUGCCGAGAUAGAGUUUAGCAACCCUCACGGGAAGACAUACUACUUCCAGAACCACCGAGCCUACGAUGACCCGCGUGUCUACAUUAUAAGAUGGAGCUACACCGCUGCGGACCUCCUCCUCUCCCAACCCACCCCACGGGACCAGGGGCACUACAGCUGCUCCCUCUCCAGCCCAGACAGCCCCAGGGCCAGCGUCUGGCUCGCCGCGACGCUCUCCGCCAGCGGCGUGAGCUCCUCCUCCUCCUCCUGCCGCCUGCGCUCGCUGGCGCCCUUCCUCCUCCUGGCGAACGCAGCCGCCAGCGCUCCGUGCACCCCACGCGGCGGGGAAGAUGGAGCGGCACGAAGAGGUGGAGGAGCUGCUCCGCUCUCUGUGUGGGCCACGGGAGACACGGUGUCCGAGGGAGACACGGCCACUCUACGCUGCACCGUGUCAGACAAUCCGGACUCAGACUCAAUUCAGUGGAGCAACCCUCAAGGUCACACACUCUACUUCGAGAGCGUCAAGGACCCGCGUGUCUCUCUGCUGCACUGGAGCUCCACCAGGCUGGACGUCACCAUCUCGCGCGUCACCUCGCGGGACCAGGGGCUCUACAGCUGCUCCCUCUUCAGCCUGGGGACCCCCACGGCGUACGCGUCACUCACCGUCAGAGCUGCUCCGCUCUUUGUGUGGGCCACGGGAGACACGGUGUCCGAGGGAGACACGGCCACUCUACGCUGCACCGUGUCAGACAAUCCGGACUCAGACCCAAUCCAGUGGAGCAACCCUCACGGUCACACACUCUACUUCGAGAGCGUCAAGGCCCUCAUGGACCCGCGUGUCUCUCUGCUGCACUGGAGCUCCACCCGGCUGGACGUCACCAUCUCGCGCGUCUCCACGCGGGACCAGGGGCUCUACAGCUGCUCCCUCUUCAGCCUGGGGACCCCCACUGCGUACGCGUCGCUCACCGUCAGAGGCAUCUAUGUAAUUACUGAGAGAAGGAGCGGAGAGAGUAUCCCGGAUUUGAAGAAUGUUACCGAAGAGAGAUACACGGGGAGACAGACACAGAAUUAGAGACACGGGAAGAGAGACAUGGGGAGAUAGACACACGGGGA